GUGUCAGUUUGCUCUUUGUCUCCCCCUAGGUUUAUGUGAACAAUGUUUGGGUGACCAGUAUUGGUGAGGGAGGAAGUUUUGGGGAGCUGGCCCUCAUCUACGGGACCCCACGUGCAGCAACAGUCCGGGCAAAGUCCAACGUCAAGCUGUGGGGCAUCGACCGAGACAGCUACAGGAGGAUACUGAUGGGGAGCACUUUGAGAAAGCGCAAGAUGUACGAGGAGUUCCUCAGCAAGGUUUCCAUUUUAGAGUCUCUGGACAAGUGGGAGCGUCUGACCGUGGCUGACGCCCUGGAGACGGUGCUGUUUAAGGACGGACAGAAAAUCGUGGUUCAGGGAGAACCUGGUGACGAGUUCUUCAUUAUCCUGGAGGUACUGAACUCAGUUUUCUUCAAACACUUUUUUUUCUUAUUAUGGUAUUGACCCAGAGUCAGCUGCAGUCGCUAUUUU